AUGGUGCUAUUAAAAGAUUUCAUCAAGGUGAUUAAGGACGCCUGUGGAAAUGGUUGUCAUGGAAGAACAGUGCACGAUUCUUAUGGAGUCGCGCCCGCCCCUCAACCACAUUUACUACCUGCCCCAGCUGCACUACUACCACCUCUUCCGCCAGCAGUACGGCCACCAUCACCACCGGGAACACAAGCCUCCCUUGCACACAGUUGUUACAUUGACAGUCUACAUCAGUAUAGGCCUACUGUUAUCGACUAUAUUUGUAAGGAGCACAUUUUGGGAUACGUUAUGCCCCCAAUGUGGUACCCAUUGCCCCUACAGAACCAGCCCCCAGUUACUUCCACUGUUACUGGAUUGACUGCAUCGCAAUCGAUAGAGGCAACUCAAGCCCCCCCAUCAAAUUUGCCUUUAUCGUAUGGCUCUAGAAGAGUCAUUCGUGGCUAUGAUUAUUAUGACCAUAGAUAUCAUCCGGCUAGAACAAUAGCCCCUAUCCGAAGACAGAUGCAGCCCCCUCCACCACCUCCACCACCUCCACCACCUCCCCCACCUCCCCCACCUCCCCCACCUCCCCCACUACCAGAACCAUCACAAGAAGUAGAGGCUCCACAAAGAAGAGACCGCCACCGGCUUCAUCGCAGGCCUUCUUAUCAACCAUAUGACGCCAACGCACGACUCCUUUACGACCCGAGACUGCCGUUUAAUUUAGUCGCGCCUCGGGACGUUCCAUUACCGCAAAACCCGCCGCCGCCUCCCCUUGGGCACAACUCCCAACUAUUACAAAAUCCACCACAACAAAAUGGUCGUAGACCACGGACCAACUAUGAAGGCUAA